UUCGAUUCAGAAGAUAAGUGUAAAUGGAUUUACUGUAAAAACCCGUGGAGAAGGAUAAGGAAGGACGAUUAGUUUUUUUUUUUUUUGUUCUUCGUCUAUUUUUGUUCAUUACAACCUUAAAUCCCUCUUACUUUUGAUCUAUUUUCUUAUAGGAUAUUUUUUUCCCUGUCUGGAUUUCAUUUGCCUGUUCUCCCCUUUCUUCUCCUACCUUCUGCUCUCUCUCUCUCUCUCUCUCUCUCUCUCUCUCUCUCUCUCUCUCUCUCUCUCUCUCUCUCUCUCUCUCUUUCUCGCUUGAUUCAAUUUGGGCGAGAAAGGAGCAGUCUUUUUUCCAGGGUUUAUCAUUCACUUAAUUCCCUUUGCUAAAGCUUAUAUAUAUUUUUUUUAAAGAUUUCGUUAAUUCCCUUCUCGGGUUGUUUAGAUCUCUCUCUUACUCAUCUGCGAAAUGGUUCAAGCUUGUUUGAUGAACUGAGAUUAGGGUUUCACUCACAGGGCGAAUCUGGUUAUGCUUAGAUAUUAAAGUCCGGGACUUUGUGACCUACUCAGAGCUGAUUUUAGCUUUGAUUCUUGUAGCGUCUUGUGUGCCAUAGGUUUAGAUAUGAUCAAACAGAUAUUUGGGAAAUUACCCAGAAAGCCUUCGAAAUCAUUGCACAAUGACUCGAAUGGUGAAGGAGCGGUUAACUCCUAUUACGCUCCGAAUCAGACUAGUGGUAUCCCGAAACCUUCUUCAACUUCUUCGAAACCAUCAGCUUCACGUGUAGCAAAUGGGACUCUUGCUCCUAACUCAUUGACCUCUAACAGGACCAAUCAAGAGAAGAUAUAUCAAGCUUUGCCAAGCUUUAGAGACGUUCCUAUCUCGGAGAAGCCUAAUCUCUUUAUUUCGAAGCUGAGUAUGUGCUGUGUUGUAUUCGACUUUAGUGACCCGUCCAAGAAUCUUAGAGAGAAAGAGAUUAAGCGGCAGACACUGCUCGAGCUCGUUGACUAUGUCGCGUCAGUUGGUGUGAAGUUUAACGAUGUUGCGAUGCAAGAGCUCACGAAGAUGGUAUCUGUGAAUCUGUUUAGAACAUUUCCUUCCGCGAGUCACGAGAAUAAAGCUCUGGAAAUGCAUGAUAUGGACGAUGAGGAGCCUUCGUUGGAGCCAGCUUGGCCUCAUAUUCAAGUCGUGUAUGAGAUUCUGCUCAGAUUCGUGGCUUCUCCCAUGACUGACGCAAAGCUAGCAAAGAGAUACAUUGACCAUUCUUUCGUCUUGAAGCUCUUAGACCUGUUCGAUUCUGAAGAUCAGAGAGAGAGGGAGUAUUUAAAAACGAUUCUCCACCGGGUUUACGGGAAGUUCAUGGUGCAUCGACCUUAUAUCAGAAAGGCUAUAAACAACAUCUUCUACAGAUUCAUUUCCGAGACAGAGAAGCACAAUGGCAUUGCAGAGCUGCUAGAGAUUCUUGGGAGUAUAAUCAAUGGUUUUGCUUUGCCUUUAAAAGAAGAGCACAAGCUCUUCCUUGUGCGAGCCUUGAUACCUCUCCACAAGCCUAAAUGCGCGUCGAUCUAUCACCAACAGCUUUCUUAUUGCAUAGUUCAGUUUGUAGAGAAAGACUUCAAGCUCGCUGAUACCGUAAUCAGAGGCCUUGUAAAAUACUGGCCUGUGACUAACAGCUCAAAGGAAGUAAUGUUUCUUGGAGAGUUAGAAGAAGUCUUGGAAGCAACUCAAGCUGCUGAGUUUCAAAGAUGUAUGGUCCCUUUGUUCCGACAAAUUGCACGAUGCCUCAACAGUUCACAUUUUCAGGUUGCUGAGAGAGCAUUGUUUCUAUGGAACAACGAUCACAUAAGAAACCUGAUCACUCAGAACCAUAAAGUGAUAAUGCCUAUAGUCUUCCCUGCCCUGGAGAGAAACACGCGUGGACAUUGGAACCAAGCGGUUCAGAGCCUGACUCUAAACGUGAGGAAAGUGUUUUGCGACAUUGACCAAGCUCUCUUCGAUGAGUGUUUAGCCAAUUUCCAAGCGGAAGAAGAGAAUAAACCAGAGGUUAAAGCGAAACGGGAAAGAACAUGGGAGCGGUUAGAAGAUUUGGCGGGUUUGAACACCAACGAGAAGGUGCUGGUCCCAAGAUUUGUGUCCUCAGUUAAUCUUGCAGCCAGCUCUGAGUCCACAGGGUAGGCUCUGGUUUGGUACUCUGUUUUACCAAAACGAUACAAAUUGGGCCCGGUUUAAGCUGUUUGGAGCAGCAACCCAGAAGAUUUUAGAAAGUGAUCAACGAGAGAGGAAUGUGAAGUAAUAUCUCAUUUCUCAUCUGUGAAUACUUUCUUUUAACAAUUUUUUUUUUCGGUUUCUGGGUUUACUUCUUAGUUGCUUUUGAUUUUCUUCUUCGAUCAGUUCAUGAAGAGGUAUGGGCAACAUAUGUACUGUAAGAAACUAUAGGGAUGGUUCUUGAGAGACGACUUGUAUAAUUAUUUUUUCAUUAAAUUUUCU